GGCUGGUCCAGAAGAAUGCCUCAGUUCCUGCUUCUCACCUGCCUCUUUAUCACAAUAACACUCGUGUCACCAAAGGCCCUAGACCCUUGUUCUGCUUACAUCAGCCUGAAUGAGCCGUGGAGGAACACUGACCACCAAUUUGAUGAGUCUCAAGGUUCCCCUCUGUGUGACAACAGUGUGGAUGGGGAGUGGUACCGCUUCACAGGCAUGGCAGGGGAUGCCAUGCCCACCUUCUGCAUACCAGAAAACCACUGUGGGACCCAUGCGCCGGUCUGGCUCAAUGGCAGCCAUCCUCGGGAAGGGGAUGGCAUUGUGCAGCGCCAGGCUUGUGCGAGCUUCAAUGGCAACUGCUGCCUCUGGAACACCACCGUGGAGGUCAAGGCUUGCCCUGGAGGCUACUAUGUGUAUCGUCUGACCAAGCCUAGUGUCUGCUUUCAUGUCUACUGUGGUCAUUUCUAUGACAUCUGCGAUGAGGACUGCCAUGGCAGCUGCCUGGAUACCAGUGAGUGCACCUGCUCUCCAGGGACUGUGCUAGGCCCCGACAGACAGACGUGCUUUGAUGAAAAUGAAUGUGAGCAAAACAAUGGUGGCUGCAGUGAGAUCUGUGUAAACCUCAAAAAUUCAUAUCGCUGUGAAUGUGGUGUCGGCCGUGUGCUGAGAAGUGAUGGCAGGACGUGUGAAGACAUUGAAGGAUGCCACAAUAACAAUGGCGGCUGCAGUCAUUCUUGCCUUACGUCUGAGAAGGGCUACCAGUGUGAAUGUCCCCGGGGCUUGGUGCUGUCUGAGGAUAACCACACGUGCCAAGUCCCCGUGUUCUGCAAGUCAAACACCAUUGAAGUCAGCAUCCCCAGGGACCUGGUCGGCGGUCUGGAGCUCUUCCUGACCAACACCUCCUGCCGAGGAGUGUCCAAUGGUACCCACGUCAACAUCAUCUUCUCCCUCAAGACCUGUGGCACGGUGGUCGAUGUGGUGAACGACAAGAUCGUGGCUAGCAACCUUGUGACAGGUCUACCCAAGCAGACCCCAGGGAGCAGCGGCGACAUCAUCAUCCGCACCAGCAAACUGCUGAUCCCGGUGACCUGCGAGUUCCCGCGUCUGUACACCAUUUCUGAAGGCUACGUCCCCAACCUUCGCAACACCCCUCUGGAAAUCAUGAGCCGCAGUCACGGAAUCUUCCCGUUCACCCUGGAGAUCUUCAAGGACAAUGAGUUUGAAGAGCCUUACCGGGAAGCUCUGCCCACCCUCAAGCUUCGCGACUCCCUCUACUUUGGCAUUGAGCCCCUGGUGCACGUGAAUGGCUUAGAAAGCCUGGUGGAGAGCUGCUUUGCCACCCCCACGUCCAAGAUCGAUGAGAUCCUGAAGUACUACCUCAUCCGAGAUGGCUGUGUUUCAGAUGACUCAGUAAAACAGUACACAUCACGAGAUCACCUAGCAAAGCACUUCCAGGUCCCUGUCUUCAAGUUUGUGGGCAAAGACCACAAGGAGGUGUUCCUGCACUGUCGGGUCCUGGUCUGCGGGAUGCUGGAUCAGCGGUCCCGCUGCGCCCAGGGCUGCCAUCGGCGAAUGCGCCGAGAGGCAGUUGAAGGAGAGGAUGCUGCUGGCCUGCAGAGCCAGAUGCUGACAGGUGGCCCCAUCAGCAUCGACUGGGAGGAUUAGGACGACCCAACACCCGAGUUCUGCUUGGGGCUGCUGCCUGAUUGGAUUUCUUGCACUCUGAGAACACCAGCCCACACCCUAGAACACCAUGCUGCUUUAAACCUCAUACUGUGGCUUUAGACAAACUGCCAGAACCAGCUCACUCUGACUCUAGCCCACUGGGUCAGGAAAGGUCACCUCACUGCUAACCUACCUGUCCUCGUGGGGCUUCAUCCUCCGGAUGUCAGAAGCUGCAGGGGUACCUAGAAAGCAGCUCACCCCAGGCCCCCUCCCACCCCGUUUCCUCCCUGCAGUAGAACACCUAGUGUAGGAUGCAGCAGCACCAUUAAAAUCAGAAGGUGAGCAUAGUAUUGCAAAUUAGGAACUGAAAAAAAUCAAAUAGUUGCUUGAAAUUAUGACUUAAACACCAACGACU